AUGUCUCAUGGAAUCGGACCCUAUUUUCAUCGAGAUUUAAUUAAACAGUUAAAACGUUGUGAGAAGUUUGUGUUAUGUUUUGAUGAACAAACAAAUGUGCAAAAUAAAAAACAAUUGGAUUUAUUAAUUAAGUUUUGGUCUUAUGGUGAAGGACUUGUUGUCACUCGAUAUUAUAAGUCUGUCAUGUUAGGACAUACUCAGGCUCAUGUUCUUCAAGAUGCUAUUAUUAAUUCUUUUAAAACAGAUGGUAUUAAUCUGAAACGAUUGUUAAUGUUAGAACGUGAUAAUCCAUUUGUUAAUAUUUCAUUGGAAAAUUUAAUUGAUGAAGAGAUGAAGAAGAUUGAAAGUGGUUUACUUUUAUUAGGAUCGGGUAAUCUUCAUUCGGUGCACAAUGGCUUUAAAACCGGUAUAUCAUCGGCCAACUGGCACGUGGAAAAUAUCUGCACAGAAAUUUAUUCAUGGUUUAAGCAGAGUCCUGCACGUAAAGAAGAUUUAGUUGAUACAAUUGAUGAAUUUGAUGAUUUGGUUGAAAAAACAUUGCUAUACUUCACAAUCACACGUUGGAUUCUUCUUGGUAAAGUUAUUGCUCGUGUUUUAACAUUAUGGGAACCUCUAAACGAAUAUUUCUUAAUUUUUUUACCAACUUGUCAAAAAGCGCAAAUUCGUAAAAAUGAUAAAUAUGAGAAAAUUAAAUCUAAUUUAACAUCAAAUGUAUCUAAAAUCCGAUUACACUUUGUAUUGUUCUUAUGUGAAACUAUUUUUGAUCGGUUUUUAACUUGGUUUCAACAGGAGGGACCGCUUAUUCAUCUUCUUCACCACGAAUUAUCUGAAUUAUUUCAUUUGGUUUCGUUACAAUUCUUAAAAUCUGAUUAUGUUGCGGAUAAAUCUGGUAGCGAUUUGUUGGAUUUAGAUUUUAAUGCUGAUCAAAUUAUUCGUGUUGCACGUGCUGUUCCACAUUUAUUAACAGAUAAUGAAAUUGAUCAUUUACGCAAUGAGUGGUUAAUUUAUUCAUAUGAAACUAUUGAUGAAAAAUGGAUAAUAAAAAGCCAAGAAAAAGAUUCAUCUGGUAAUGAUCACAUUAUCUACCAACGAAUUGAUUUUUAUUGGAACAAUGUUUUGGCUAUAACGUUAUCAGAUGGCCGUUCAAAAUAUCCUACCUUUUCAAAGCUUGUGAAAAAUAUUCUGAUUAUUUCUCACGGUAAUGCCGAUAUUGAACGUGGUUUUUCAAUUAAUGAAAAUAUUGUUACUACAAAUCGAUCAUCGUUAUCUGAAUUAUCAAUUAAUGGAUUACGUACUACAUAUGAUGCUGUUAAAUUUUCUGGUGGUGGUUUCAGUCACAAAGCAUGUAUCGAUUCAUUUGAUUUUGAAAAAUUACAUUUAUAUUUUUAUGUCUAG